UUUCCAAACAAAUGAGAAUUCAAGCCCCAAACAUGGACAUUUGUUGUUUGUUUGUUUGCUUCAGAGAAAGAAUAACAAACCAUGGAGAUUUGAUCAUUCUUUCUUUUUGCCUUCAUGAUCUCGGUAGUCAAUCUCUGUUUGAUCUGAAUUGAUUGCCAAAAUAUUAACUGGAGUCCAAAAGCUGGUUCAUUUUGUUCCAAGGAGUUCAGCAUUUGGCUUUUAGAGGUUGGUUUUAUAACCAGGAAUCAGUUUUUGCAUUGUUCUACUACAUUAGCUUUUUCUUUUGAGAAUUCAAAAUGGGCAUGAUUCAUUUAGUAAUUCGUCUAUGGAAAUGUACAAUCUUUUCGAUUGUAACUUGUUAUCGUUCAGUUCGUGAUCAUCCUUUGGUUUCAUUAAUUGUUAUAAUUCUGUAUCUGUUGUAUACAUUUCUUCCUUCUGUAUUUGGAUUUUUGGUUUCUUCCUCUCCGAUUGUUGUUUGCACUGUUGUGCUUCUUGGAGCACUUCUGAACAUUGGGUAUCCUCAGACACCCGAAUUCGAACCGAAACCGAAGAGUAGUGCCACCAUCAAUGUACCUUCUUUAGAAGAUGAUAAGAAAGAACAGGUUGUCGAAAAUGUGGAUGUGCAUCAGAGUGCAGGUGUGUUGCCAACUAAGGAAGAUGCAGCAAUUGAUAAUAGAAAUGUAUUGGUUGAGGAAAAACCUAAACUCAUCCAUCCACCAAAACCACCACUUCAGAAAGACAGGGAAUUUCAUAAUAUGGGAUUCACUAGGAAAAGAGAUACUCAGCAUGCCAAUCAGCAUAAUGAAGGUGCAUCCAAUUCUAGCUCCACCAAGGUUUUAAAGAAAAUGAAGAAGAUGAAAAUGAAGGGUCUUAAAGUUGAUGUUCAGAAGCCUGUGCCCAACAAUCCGUUGAAGGAAUGGUUGAAAGAUCCGUCGCGGCUUCACAGGAACGAUGACAAUGCAGAGUCUUCAGAUUUUGGUUCAGACCAAGCUCAAUGCGCGUCUCCGUUGGACUCGAUUGCGGACAUCAUUCCGGUUCUUGAUGAGCUUCACCCACUUUUGGACUUCAAACCACUUCACACUAAUCUCGAAUCAAUUGAGGAGUCUGAUGCUGCUUCAGAAUGGUCUGGCCAAUCUAAUGAUGGUAGUUUAGAAUCAGAAGUGAGCGAGUCAGAGGAUGGUAGUGAAAACCAAGAAGUAGAAGAUGAAGAAGCACUUGAAAGUGAAGAUGAAAGAGUUAAAUCCGUAGUUACGUGGACGGAAGAUGAUGAGAACAAUCUCAAAGACCUUGGUACUUCUGAGCUUGAGAGGAAUCAAUGGUUAGAGAAUUUAGUUGCAAAGAGAAAAGCCAGAAAAACAUUGAGCAUGGACAUAGACAGGGAUUUGAUAGACUUGGAAAGCAUCGAGCCUCCAACACAAAUUCCACCAGUUGUGACCACAAGAAACAACCCGUUUGAGUAUUAUACAAAUGAAACUGGGGAGACACAACCAGUUCCUUCAUCAGCUCCUUCAGUUUUGUUACCGAGACGAAAUCCAUUCGAUCUUCCAUUUGAUCCAUUUGACGAAAGAUCAAAUUUAAAUGGAGACAAUUACCAGCAAGAUGUUACUCCAGUUCACCUGGACAAGGACAUGUCCUUCUGUAGACACCAGAGCUUUACUUUAGGAAGCACAUUUGGGUCGCAGGCUGGGAGAGAUAGGCGCGAAAUAAAUUUGAUUUCAUUCCUAGCAAAUGAAGAAAGAAUGGGAUCAGAGAAUACAAGAGAUCCUGUAUUACAGAGAAGUGAAUCUAAAUUGAGCUGUGUUCAUGAGACUGACACUGCAUAUUCAGGUUCAGAUGAAGAAGCAGAACUAUCACCAAAAAGUAAAUUGGUUUCUGAAAUUGGAAACUCUCCUGAUCUUGCUGAGCACCUAAGCCAAACUUCUGAAGAUAUUGAUGCAGUGGAGGUUGAGCAAGAAGACAAGAAAGACGUAGAUUCGAGUAAGGCUGAGAUCAACAGAGUAGACUCUCAUUCGAAGAUAGAAUCGGACUCUAAGUCGUGCCCAUCUUCACCAUCAUCAGCGUCAGAAGUGAAUGAGAAAGGUCUACAUGAUCAUACCAAUGAUGAAAAGGAGUCGAAAAAUGAUGAUAAAGUAACUAAAGGUGAGGCAGUAGAGGAGGGAAAUAGUGAUUUUGUGAGGCCAUCAUUAUCACAAAUAGAAACAGAUGUGAAAAGCAAGGCCAUGGAGCAGCAUGAUGAGACACAAGUCCAGGAGCCUAUUUUUGAUUCAAGUCCAUCAGCGGCUACAGAGGCGCAUUUUGAAGACGUCUUUGAAGAUGCAUUACUUUCUCAAGACAAGGGCAUGGAGAAUUCAAAGAUAGGUGAAAAAGCUGGCAUACCCACAGAGGAAAACCCCCUGGUGUCUGAUAUGAAUGAGGAUAGCCGUAGCGAUGAAUUGUUGACAGAAGAAGCCUCAAUACACCAGUCUGAAGCAGAAGAAAAUGUAUCGAGACCAAGCCAAUUGACCGAGGCUGGUGAGCAGAGUCUCAAGGAAGUUGGAGUCUCUGAGGCUAAGGAAAAUGUGGUUGAGGAAUCUUCAGCAACGGAAACGGUUAAAGCUAAUGAUAAUGUGGCUGAGACUGCUGCAGCAUCUGCGGAGACGAUAUCCUCAGAAACAGAAAGGGUUGCAGAAGGUCCAAGUAGUGAAGCCCCCGCAUCAACUGUUAAUCAAGAGAUUCAUGCUGGGGUCCAAAAACCCAAUGUCAAGGAGGAGGAAGAGCAAAAUGGGACUUCUGAUUCUUCUUUGUCAGCAUCAAAGGAAAUGGCAAACUCUGUGGAGCAACAGGCAGUUCAGAUAUCGUCUAACAGUGUUCGUAAAGAACCUGAGGAAGUAUCUGUUGUUGAUGAGAAGAAGCCAAAAGAGGAGGAAGCUAAAACCAUAGACAGCAGAGCAAAAGAUGGAAAUGACCAAAAUCUAGACGAUAAGGAGUUAUUUUAUGAUAUGCCAGAGCUAUAAUUUUUUCCAUGGUGAACCCAAUCUCGUCCAAAAAAGAAAAGUGCUGUCGCAUUUGAUGAACGGAAUACAAUUUCUUGAAAAAUCAAUUCAACAUAUGUAAGAAAGUGGGCGCAUAUGUAUUCUGUAUUUGACAAAUUUUAUGUAAUAUAUAUCGUCGGGGUUAGUGUGGGUGUUAGCAGGUUAAUCUUCCCAUAUCAGAAAGACAUAAAUUUCUUUCAUUUCACCAA